AUGGCAUCGGAUCUAGGUUUGAGGAUGAAGAAGGUCGCGGGGCGCGACCGAAGCCAUGGGUGGUUCGCGGUGGUUCCGGUAAAGGUGUCAGAGAGGCGGGUCGCGAUUAGUGGUGCUGCGAAUGAGGUGCACGGGCUAGGGCACAAGGUGGAGGUUCCAGGGUGGCUCUCGAGGUGGCCACGCGGUGUCCGCUUGGGGAAGAUGAAACCGCAGUUUGAGCUGGAGAAUGGCUUGCGGUGGUGGCUAGAGGUAUGGUACACAGUGAAGGGUGCGGAGUUGGGUGGCUGGGCUGGGCUGGCUAGGGGGUGA